UAAUUCUACUACAGGUUGGGAAGAUCAAUGUUAUAAGUUUGGCACACUAUUUGGUUUCUCCGCCAGGUAGCAGUAGUGUUCCAUGAGGGGGUCAUUUUCAUCUGUUUCAAUGCAUUUAAAUGGGCCGUUUUCAAUUUUCAAAGUGAAAUAACAAUAUGUGUAAAACUUAUCAGUUCGGUUUGAAUUUAAAAUUAGGAUAGCAUAACUUUCAUCUAUAAGUAGUAUUUAAUUUAGUUUUUUAAUAUGCCUAAGUGUUGUUUUGUGCCCGGUUGCAAAACUGGAUGUAGUAGCAAGUACGACGCAAGCAUUAAAGUAUUUAAGGCUCCUGCAGACGAAAAAAUAAGAGAAUUAUGGAACAGAAAGAUCCCAAGGAGUGAUAGAGACUUGAGGAAAAAUGAUUAUGUUUGUGAAAUUCAUUUCGAGGAACAAAUGAUUUUAAGAAAUUAUGUUCAUGAAGUUCAAGGUGAAACCAUCAAGAUACCAAGAGGUAAAGUAACUUUAACAAAAUCUGCAGUGCCAACUAUUUUUCCAAACUUGCCAUCAUACUUGACACAGCGCAAGCCAUACAGAAGAAAACUAGAGAUGAGUAACAUUGAUAACAAAAAUUCUGUCAAGAUAGCUCGCUUAGAGCCACAAAGUGCCAGCUCCCCAAGCACCACAAAAAACGAAAAUGUGUGGCAGUGGCUAAUAUCAAGGUCUCUUGAUAAUGGUUGGGGCAGAAAAACAGAAAACAAUGCUUCACUGACAUAUUUCUACUACCGAAAAUCUGAGCAGAACAAUGCAGAUUUGUUAAUUAAAGUUGUUUGGGAACGUGACAGUGCUCAGCCAAGUUUGUACAUUUGCAAUCGUAAAAUAAAUAUGAGGAGGUUAAAUUUUAACUAUGUCCAUACUACAGACAGCAUUUUGUUACUUCUCAGAAAGUUGGAAAUAAUAGAGUUUUGCAAAGGGGUACAUAUCAAAGAAAUAACCAGCAUGAACUCACCUCAAGUGUCAUUAAAAAUAUUAAGUAAUGCAACAAUAUGCAAUGGAAUUUUGUUUAGUCCAAAAUGUUGCUUUGUUUCAAAUGAAGUUUGCCUACACUGCAAAUGCUUCAAAACACGAUUAAUAAGUAAAUCUAAAGUUUCACGAAGAUGCUUUCUAACUAGAAAUGUGAAGCGUUCGGUACUAAAAGAAAGAUCUGCCAUUACAAUGAUAAAACACUUACAAGGAAAAAACAAACAGCUUUCUACUACUGCUUUACAAGAGGCCAUAAACAAUUUGCCAGAAAAACAGCAAGAAGCUGUAAAACAGUGCUUUCAUUCAUGUACGUUGCAGAAAAAUUCUUUUAGUAAGAAAUGGAUACUGGAAUGUAUUCUUAUGCGAUGUAAGAGCCCUUCUUUGUACAAGCAUAUUCAAGAACAAAAAAUUCUUCAUGUUCCCACAGUACGCACUAUGAACACAUACAUCCGAGGUAUAAAGGCAGAAUGUGGCAUUUCAGAUGAUAUUCUGCAGUGCAUUCAAUGUAAACUGAAAUCCUUGCCUAUAAGAAAAGACACAAUUGAACGUCAUGGUGUACUGCUGUUUGACGAAAUAAGUUUAACACAACAUUUGGAUUUAAAUUCAGUGUCUGGUACAAUCACAGGGUUAGUGGACAUAGGUUCUAAUACAACAUACACACAAAUCUCUCAGUAUGCUGACCAUGGUUUGGUCCUAUUCUUUCGGCCAUUUAUUGGUAACUGGGGCCAGGUUGUUGGUGUGUAUCUCACCAAAAAUGCAGCCCCUGGCAAUGUCCUUACAAAUUUGGUUCUGGAUGCUAUUGUGAAACUAGAUGCAGCUGGUCUGUUUGUAGACUGCGUAGUGUGUGAUGGAGCAACAACAAACCGUUCAAUGUGGAAAAAGUUUGGUAUUGGCAUAAAAGAUGAGAAGAAAGUUUGUAAUUCAGUUACCCACCCAUGUAGUGAAACAGGCGACAGAAAGUUAUAUUUCAUUUCUGAUGGUCCACACUUGUUUAAGUGCAUAAGAAACAGAUGGCUUAAAUCACGUGUAUUUAAGGUUAGUUUUCAUAUGUAAAAAAAAAAAAAAAAA